GUGUUCCAUCUCAUGCCAUCUCUUGAUGAAAGUCAAAGCAAACUUACUUGGUUGAAAGCUAUUGGCAUUCACAAUGGAGAAGUAACCAAAUCUUGUCCAGUUGGAUCAACAAGGUCUUUAAUUCUUGAAUCAUCUUCAAGAGGUAUCAUGGCCCAGAACCUAUUUCCACUAUUCGUUCUCAUUCCUGGGAUUUUGGAGGAAAUGGAAUCCACCUUUCUGCGCUACAAUUUUGAAUUGGAAGUCAUGUCUUUUGUAAAUUGUGAUAACUGUCAAAGCCAGAAUACUUGUUCAACUUCUGCAAUGAAUGUCUCCAAUUUGGUUUCCAAAAAUCACAACUCUCUGAUGCGCUCAUUGGAGGAAAAUUUAGUUAAAGGUAAUGGAAAACAAAACUGUCUGGGAAAUACAGCUGAUGCUAUCAUGAUAAGCGGACCAAUACUAUCUAUCGGCCCUAUUGAUUUUAACGAGCUCGCAAGUCGUCUUGGUAAAGCUUUACAAAGCUGGAUGGGCUUUGGCCCCAAGGAAAAGAAAAAGGAAGAUAUGAAAGAAGCAGAAAAGGAAGAGGUGGAAGUAGGAGAAAAGGAAAAGGUGAAAGUAGCAGAAAAUCUUGAAAAGUCAACAGAAACAGAAAAACAGAUGGCAGAAAAAACCCCAGAAGGUGGUAAAAAGGAGUGAUUAUUCAUAGAGUAUUUAUGAAAUUAUUUAAAGAUCUAAAUUAAUAUUAAAAAUUAUGUGUAUAGUAAUUAGAACGUAAUUACGUAACGAUAAAAUUUUUUUUUAAAUU